CACAGUUUCUAAUUUGUUUGUUGGCUUGUACUACAGCAAAGAUUUUGCAAGGUCAUGAUUUUAGCUCAACUAUGAAAAAUAGUAUAUGAUAACAAUGGUUGUAUAUUUUGGAACAUAUAAAGUUUCUAGACUGACUAUAUGUCUGUUAUUAAUUGAACUUGCCAGUACUCAAAAUUGGUGGAACUUCGAAUCCUACAUAAAUCCAUUCAAACUUCCUGUAUUUACUCCACUGCCAAACCAACGGUUUACUCAUAUUCCUGAAGUCAAUCAAUACGUUCCGAUGCCAAACGAUGUUGUUGUGGACAUACCAAGGGCCGGGAUGGGAAAGUUUAUUGGUUUUUCUACUACGAUAAAUUAUGGCCAUACCUGGUCAAGGUGGCAACCAACAAGUGGUCGAUUGAUCAAUGCGUUUCUCGGAAUACCAUAUGCAGCACCCCCAACCGAUGGAAGAAGGUUCAGGUUUCCCGUUCCUGCUUACUUAGAUACCCGAUUUCCUUGGUUUGCAAAACGCUUUAGAUCAGCGUGUAUGCAACCAUACAUCUGGCUUAGCCGAUUUAUACCAGGCUUUACAGAUAUAAGUGAAGACUGUUUGUAUCUGAACAUUUAUUAUCCAAAUAAUACAUUGGAUGCUUCUAAUACCCGUUAUCCUGUGAUUGUACAUAUUCAUGGUGGAAGUUAUGUUUAUGGUUCUAGUCAUAUGUAUCCUGGUUUAGCAUUGGCUUCCAAGGGUUUAGUUGUAGUAACAUUCAAUUAUCGUUUAGGACCGUUUGGUUUUCUCGCAACUGGUGAUCAUGCAUCGAUCGGUAAUUAUGGUCUAUGGGAUCAGUUGCUUGCAAUCACUUGGGUUAAACAAAAUAUCGAAUGGUUUCAAGGUGAUCCUGAAAAAAUUACAUUAAUGGGAGAAAGUGCUGGCGCGGCUAGCGUCGGUCUUCAUUUAAUCUCACCGUUAACACGAGAAAGAUAUUUAUUCAACCAAGCAAUAAUGAUGUCUGGUUCUGAUUUAUCCCAAUGGGCAUUCAGUGACCCAGCCAAAGUUCGUACACGUUAUUAUGCAAUUGAACUAGCUCAACGAUUAAAUUGUUCUUCAGUUCAAAUUAAUGCUAUAAAUGAAUCACAACAAUAUAUACGUAAUGCUAAUUUGCAUCGCUCAUAUACGAAUAAAACAUUAAAAUUGCCAUUUGGUGAAUCAUAUGUGAAACAACCUUUAACUAUACCAUAUUCUGUACAAGUGGAUGCAUAUGCAUUAAUUUAUUGUUUAAGAUAUGAGAAAACUGCGGAACAAAUUAAUGAUGCUGUCCUUGAAUUACACUCUCUCCCAGGAGCUCCGUCAUUUGUCUGGACACCAGUUGUUGACGGAAUAUCUGGUUUCUUCCCACGUACACCAGCUAAAGAACGUUCACUAGGUAAUUUUGCUAAAAUACCACUACUUGCUGGUGUUGUACAAGACGAAGGUUCGCUGGCAUUAGAACACUUUUUAUAUCAAUUAGAUCAAUAUGGUUACACAAUUGAAAAUUUUACAGAUACUAUUGUAAGACGUUUUAUUGGUACCCUGUUAAAUGAUUUAAAUGUUUUUCGACAUAAUCAAACUGCAGAAGAAUUAUAUACACGUUAUACAUGGUGGUCAAAUUUAGAGAAUAAUACUGCGCGAUGGAAACGUACUGUUGACUUGGUUUCAGAUAUGGAAAUUAUAUCACCAUUAGAUUCUAUUGUAAAAUAUCAUUCAAUCUAUUCACCGUCAGUUUACUUCUAUGAAUUUUCCUAUUCCAGUCCAAAUGACAAACAAGCAACACCAGAAAUCGGAAUUUAUCAUGGAAUUGAAUUGCCUUUUCUAUUCGGAUUCCCUUUUAUGAAUAAAUCAAUUUGGCUAACAUUAUUUGGCGAGAAUAAUCCGUUACCCCGAUGUGUAUCAGACAAUUAUGUUUAUCCAUAUGAUACAAAUAUCAGUGAAUAUUUAUUGGAUUUAUGGGCAAAUUUUGUGAAAUAUGGUGUAACAGCUUUGUAAGAUUUCAGAUACACCUUCCUAACGAACGUUAACUAACAUGAAACACGGAUCCGGGGGCUGUUGAUGAUUGCCUCUACUUACUUAACAGCCAAAAAUAAUUCAUCAUGGAAUCGGGUCACUUAAAAUGAAGCCCGCAUUGCAACGUCGUCAGACAGAAUUCUACCAGUACUAGUAAAUAUACAACCCAGGACAAUAGUAACUAUUAUGGUCGGUUAGUGUAAACAUUUAUGACCUACAGGUCAGUCACAACUCGAAUAGUUCUGUACCGACAUAUCUGGCUGUGGAAAUGGCGACUCUGGUUCAUAUCCCAUAGGGAAUAUCAACUCAGUCAAUAAUUGGGAUAUGUAAAACUGGGAAAUGCAAACUAGCAUAAAAUGAUUCCAAAGAGAAAACUAACUAAAUCCAACUCCACAGAAUGUGAAAAAUAUUAAAUGGCCAAAUUUUAAACAACCGGAAGAAGCUUAUCUUCACAUUGAAUUGAAUAGUUCAAUUAAAUAUCAUUAUAGAUCUUCAGAUAUGGCAUUUUGGCGAUAUCGUUUUGAAGAAUUAGCCGAACCUGUACCAGCAUCUCCACCAAUUUACUACUAUCCUUUAAUUAAUGUACGAUUGACUACACUGGUAUUAGGUUGUCUUCUCAGUGUUGCGUUGAUUAGUUUAAUCAUAAUUAUUGUGUUACUGAUGAAACGUCCACAACCAAAACAAUUUAAAUCAAGUAUACGUCAUAGUACACCGGGUAGUGAAUUUCAUUCAUUAUUGAAAGAUUCAUUUUCUAAUCGUAAUGUUUAUUCAACCAAAAUGUCAACUAUUCCUUGGACUCAACCGCCAACAACAACGACAACAUCAAUCUUACAACCGUUAACAAUAAGACCAACAUUAAAACCACCACCAAAACUACCGAGAAUAAGUUCUUUCGCUUAUCUUAAAUCCAAUGAUCAGAUUAGACAAAAACAAUUGAGUUUGUCUAAUUCAACAACAUCAUGUACAAGCUACCACAUAUCAUUAUAUUCUGAAGAGAAAUUUCCUAACAGAUUAUCAACUAAACAGAAUAAUACUAAUAAACAUCCACUACCUCCCCCAGUACCAUCAAACCGUGUAAAAUCCGCAUCUGGUUCUUCGAAUGCAUCAUUGUCAUUGAUAUCAUCCUCAUCAUCCUCACCGACGUUGGGAUCGUCAAUGAGAACUUCAAAAUUACACAGUCAAAGACAAAUAAAACACAAACAUGAUAAAAAUAGAUUAUUACAUGGAGAUGAUCAUGAUGUUGUAAUGAAUCGGAAAGAAUCGAAAUCAUCUGAUCGAUUAUUGUACACAGGACACACGAUGAAAAAUAAUAGUAUUGCCCUUCCGACUACAGAUAUACAUAAUAAUAAUUAUGAUUAUAAUCCAUAUGUUACAGAUGUUUAAUGUUAAAAUUUAUAAAUUAAAUUGUAUAUGGUAAUUUUGAUUAGGCCUGACUGGUGCAUUUCUAUCGUCAUUUUUUAUCUGUUAAGUUAAACUCGCAUGUUCGGUUUAAUGUCCAAAAAGAAAUUGAGUGGCACUUUAAAGGGUGGUUAAUGUUCUCUAUUCUAAUAUGGUUGACUUCUGUUUAUUUUUUAUUGUGUAUUUAUCAAAAUGUUGAUACUGUUCUCCGCCUCUCAAAAUAUGGAAUUGUCUUAUUUCUUUCAGGAGUAUGUAUUAAUGUUUUUGUUAAGAAAAGAUAACUGAAAUAUUAAUUUCAUGUUGUGUUAUAAAAAAUUUACCUGCUAUCUUGCAAAUCAAAGUACAAUGAUGUAUACCAGCGCUAGAGUUGUUUCUAUUAACCGACUAUGAUCUUUGGAACCACAACCAGUUCAGUGAAUCGUUAUUAAUUCCAUCGUCCUAACGUAUGUAUUUAUAUAUAUAAGCCAUCCUCUCUAAGAAAGGAAUAUAACAGCAUACAACUGAUUGAUUGUCGAAUUGUAACUAAUGUUGUACCCUUUUUAGUGUCAAUUCCCGAUCGAAGCUGCUACCU